AUGGCAGAAGUUCCACCAACACGUAUGAAUCAACAAGUCUUCAAGCUUAAGCUUAAGGCUGCACAAGGAGGACACAGGCUUUUGAAGAAGAAGGCCGAUGCCUUGAAGGUCAAAUUCCGUGAUUAUGCCAAAUCGAUUGCCGAGACCAAAUCUGGAAUGGCGAAUGAUGCCUCUGGUGCCUACUUUUCCUUGACUCAAGCCGAGUACGCAGCUGGAAACUUCAAGCAAAAGGUAUCCGAAGGAUCCAUGACGGCUCGUAUCCGUGUCGGAGCGGGCGUGGACAAUGUGGCCGGUGUCAAGCUACCCGUCUUUAGCAAGUACGAGACUGGAGCUUCAGCAGACAACCAAUCACUUGGAUUGGUGGGGGGAGGAAAGAAAAUUGUGGCUGUCCGCGAGAAGUUUACCAACUUGCUGGAAAUGCUCAUCAAGCUGGCCUCUCUUCAGACAUCCUUCCAGACUUUGGACGAAGCUAUGAAGGUGACCAAUCGUCGCGUGAAUGCCCUGGAGAAUGUGACGAUUCCCAAAAUCGAAGACACUCUGGCCUACAUUGGACGUGAAUUGGAUGAGUUGGAACGUGAAGAUUUCACAAGACUCAAGCUUGUCCAAGGAAAGAAGGAGGAAGAGCAGAAAGCGGAAGCAAAGCGCAAGGCUCUUCUACCAAUUGCCCCCGGAAAAGAAAACGAAGCCGAUAUCACCGCAGAGUAUGAUGCCGGGGAUGAUACGGACGUUGUGUUCUAG